UUUUGAAAGAAAUUAUAAAUAAAUUAAAAACUAAAAUUAAAACAGUAAAUGAUGAUUUAAUAGAUAUUUCUCUAAGAAAAUUAAUAUCUAAUAAUCUUAUUAAAGCUACUUUCAGAACUAAUUAUCUUUUAGAAGUAUAUGCAUUACUUAAUAAUAUUGAUAAAUUAAGGUAUUUAGUUUCUAAAGUUCAAAAAGAACAAAAUUCUUAUAGACAAGAAAUUCUUGAUUUAACUUAUAAUAUAUAA